AUGAAUUGGGAAGCACCCAAGACUCAAUAUGAGAUUAGUAGUUUCUUAGGACUGGCCGGUUAUUACAGAAGGUUCAUUGAGAACUUUUCCCGGAUAGCCACUCAAUUGACUACUCUGACCCGUAAGAAUGUCAAGUUCGACUGGGGUCCCAAGCAGAAAGAAUCCUUUGAGAUUCUAAAGCAUAAAUUGACCAAUGCUCCUGUCUUAACCUUACCUGCAGGAGUUGAAGACUUUGUCGUGUACUGUGAUGCUUCGUACACAGGUAUGGGUUGUGAACUAAUGCAACGAGGCAAAGUGGUUGCAUAUGCAUCAUGA